AUGAAGAAGGAUUCAGGGGUAUUCGUGAAACAAUUCUUGAAAUGCCAAGAGCAUGGCCCGCUCAUACAUCUGCCCGCAGAAGAGCUCGGUAUCAUGACUUCGCCAUGUCUACUUGCUCAAUGGGGCAUCGACAUUGUUGGACCAUUUCAAAUGGCAACAGGGCAACGUAGAUUCUUGAUUGUGGCAGUAGAUUAUUUUUCUAAGUGGGCAGAGGUCGAGCCACUAGCAUCGAUUAAUGAAGCUAGUGUUUUGAAUGCUUAUAAGAAAACAUAUGUUGUAGGUAUGGGGUGCCUCGAAUUAUUAUUUCGGACAAUGGAACGUAAUUCAAUGGGUCCAAAGUUCGCGCAUGGUGUGUCGAUAUCACCCAGUGAUUUUGCUCGGAAGCGCACCCCCAAGCCAAUUGUUAGAUCGAGGUCACCAACAGGAUAA